GCUUUCAUCAAACGAAAAAGGCUGCCGCAAGUUUAGCCAAGGCUCGAUAUCCUGUUUUCUGUGCCCGAUUCGACGUUGAAAUAUUCGAUAAAAUCUACGAGAAUGAUCCGAAAUUCGUGGAAUGCUGUUGCCGAUCGGGACCGCUUUCAUUCGGAACCAGAGCAAAGGCUGCACGGGAAAACCGCAGCAUCUGUGAUAACCCAGGUUCGCCGGGAAUAUGAUUCCUGGGACACAGUUGACUGCCUUUGGAUAAAAAACGACUUCCCAAACCGGGUGAAAGGAUACUACGUGGAACGUGCAAAAAACAGUAGUAGGUAUCUGAUUUUUAGUGACCGAAACCGAGCACUACUGACCACUCGGUGUUUGAACCUCGAAGGUUCCGAUACCGGUGAACCGACGAAAACAAUGCAGGAAGCGCGAUAGGGACAAGAAACAGAAGCAACAAAGAAAAAGUAUCAUUUAAGCUUGUGCUGGAUUGUAGUGAGAAUUCGU